GCCGAAAUGCGAACUUAGCCUGUUACACAACUGCUAGGGUCUGCUUUUCGCCGCCCGCCCGGCAGGCAGUCAGUGUCGCCGCCGCUGUUGCUGCCUUAGCCGCUCCUGGAAUCUUAGGCCCGCUGCCGUCGCUGCUUAUCCGCGCCUGCGGGAGCCUCUGGGAGCCCUUGCCCGCCUGCACAGCCCGGUCCCGACCGUCUGCGUCUCCUUCGUGCGCCCUCGCCGCCCGCCGCGCUCGCCGCUCCGGCCGACAUGAGCGGGGACCAUCUCCACAACGAUUCCCAGAUCGAAGCGGAUUUCCGAUUGAAUGAUUCCCACAAACACAAAGAUAAACACAAAGAUCGAGAACACCGGCACAAAGAGCACAAGAAGGACAAGGAGAAGGACCGGGAAAAGUCUAAGCAUAGUAACAGUGAACAUAAAGAUUCUGAAAAGAAACACAAAGAGAAGGAGAAAACCAAACACAAAGAUGGAAGCUCAGAAAAACAUAAAGAUAAACACAGAGACAAGGAAAAGCGAAAGGAGGAAAAGAUUAGAGCUUCUGGAGAUGCAAAAAUAAAGAAGGAGAAGGAAAAUGGCUUCUCUAGUCCCCCACGAAUUAAAGAUGAACCUGAAGAUGAUGGCUAUUUUGCUCCUUCUAAAGAGGAUAUAAAGCCAUUAAAGAGACCUCGAGAUGAGGAUGAUGCUGAUUAUAAACCGAAGAAAAUUAAAACUGAAGAUGUCAAGAAGGAGAAGAAACGAAAACUAGAGGAAGAAGAGGAUGGUAAAUUGAAAAAACCCAAGAGUAAAGAUAAAGAUAAAAAAGUUGCUGAGCCAGAUAACAAGAAAAAGAAGACGAAGAAAGAAGAGGAGCAGAAGUGGAAAUGGUGGGAAGAAGAGCGUUAUCCUGAAGGGAUCAAGUGGAAAUUCUUAGAACACAAAGGUCCUGUAUUUGCUCCAGCAUAUGAGCCUCUUCCAGAGAGUGUCAAGUUUUACUAUGAUGGUAAAGUCAUGACGCUGAGCCCCAAAGCAGAAGAAGUAGCUACGUUCUUUGCAAAAAUGCUCGACCAUGAAUAUACUACUAAGGAAAUAUUUAGGAAAAAUUUCUUUAAAGAUUGGAGAAAGGAAAUGACUAAUGAUGAGAAGAAUAUUAUUACCAACUUAAGCAAAUGUGAUUUCACCCAGAUGAGCCAGUAUUUCAAAGCCCAGACAGAAGCUCGGAAACAAUUGAGCAAGGAAGAGAAACUGAAAAUAAAGGAAGAGAAUGAAAAAUUACUGAAAGAAUAUGGCUUCUGUGUUAUGGAUAACCACAAAGAGAGGAUUGCCAACUUUAAAAUUGAGCCUCCUGGGCUUUUCCGAGGCCGUGGCAACCACCCCAAGAUGGGCAUGCUAAAGAGACGGAUCAUGCCAGAGGAUAUAAUCAUCAACUGUAGCAAAGAUGCCAAGGUUCCUUCUCCUCCUCCAGGACAUAAGUGGAAAGAGGUCCGACAUGAUAACAAGGUUACUUGGCUGGUCUCCUGGACAGAGAACAUUCAAGGUUCCAUUAAAUACAUCAUGCUGAACCCCAGUUCGCGAAUCAAGGGUGAGAAAGAUUGGCAGAAAUAUGAGACCGCUCGGCGACUGAAGAAGUGUGUAGACAAGAUCCGGAACCAGUAUCGAGAAGACUGGAAGUCCAAAGAGAUGAAAGUCCGGCAAAGAGCUGUAGCCCUGUACUUCAUUGACAAGCUUGCUCUGAGAGCAGGCAACGAGAAGGAGGAAGGCGAAACAGCAGACACUGUGGGUUGCUGCUCACUCCGUGUGGAACAUAUCAACCUGCACCCAGAACUGGAUGGUCAGGAAUAUGUAGUCGAGUUUGACUUCCUUGGGAAGGACUCAAUCAGAUAUUAUAACAAGGUCCCUGUUGAGAAACGAGUUUUUAAGAACCUACAACUAUUUAUGGAAAACAAACAGCCUGAGGAUGAUCUUUUUGAUAGACUUAAUACUGGUAUUCUCAAUAAGCAUCUUCAGGAUCUCAUGGAGGGCUUGACAGCGAAGGUGUUCCGUACAUACAAUGCCUCCAUCACGCUACAGCAGCAGCUGAAAGAACUCACAGCCCCGGACGAGAACGUCCCAGCAAAGAUCCUUUCUUAUAACCGUGCCAACCGAGCUGUUGCAAUUCUCUGUAACCAUCAGAGGGCACCACCAAAAACUUUUGAGAAGUCCAUGAUGAACUUGCAGUCCAAGAUUGAUGCCAAGAAGGAACAGCUAGCAGAUGCCCGCAGAGACCUGAAAAGCGCUAAGGCUGAUGCCAAGGUCAUGAAGGAUGCAAAGACCAAGAAGGUGGUUGAGUCAAAGAAAAAGGCUGUGCAGAGACUGGAGGAGCAGUUGAUGAAGCUGGAAGUUCAGGCCACAGAUCGAGAAGAGAAUAAACAAAUUGCCUUGGGAACCUCCAAACUUAAUUAUCUGGACCCUAGGAUCACAGUGGCUUGGUACAGGCAUCAUCUCCUUUGGCGCCUACUGUUCUGGGCCAGAAGUUCCACGCAGCUCUUGUGCAAGAAAUGGGGAGUCCCAAUUGAGAAAAUUUACAACAAAACCCAGCGGGAGAAGUUUGCCUGGGCCAUUGACAUGGCUGAUGAGGACUAUGAGUUUUAGCCAGUCUCAAAAGGCAGGGUUCUAUGAAAAGGAACAGUGUGGUUUGGGGAAGAUGGAUAAACUGUGAGCCUCGUUUUCCCUCACACAUGAGGGAGAGAGGCAGCAAGUCUUAAACCAACAUCCUUGCGAAAGAUAAACCUGGAGAUAUUAUUAUAAGGGAGAGCUGAGCCAGUUGUCCUAUGGACAACUUAUUUAAAAAUAUUUCAGAUAUCAAAAUUCUAGCUGUAUGAUUUGUUUUGAAUUUUGUUUUUUAUUUUCAAGAUGGCAAGUGGAUGAGAAUUUGUCAGAGUUCUGCCGGGCAAAUUCACUGUUUCACUGAAGCAUUUGGAUUCUCUUAGCUACUGUAUACGAAGUCCGAUUAUAUUGGUGCGUUUUUACAGUUAGGGUUUUGCAAUAACUUCUAUAUUUUAAUAGAAAUGAAUUCCUAAACCCUCCCUCCCCCAUUUCAGGAAUUUAAAAAUUAAGUAGAACAAAAACCCAGCGCACCUGUUAGAGUCAUCACUAUCUAUCGUCAUGGGAAUCAAUUUUCAUUAAACUUGAAGCAGUCGUGACAUCGGCAGUGUUUUGGUUCAGACACCUGUUCACAGAAAAGCAUGAUGGGAAAAUAUUUCCUGACUUGAGUGUUCCUUUUUAAAUGUGAAUUUUUAUUUCUUUUUAAUUAUUUUAAAAUAUUUAAACCUUUUUCUUGAUCUUAAAGAUCGUAUAGAUUGGGCUUGGGGAGGGAUGAGGGGUGAGUGAGUCUAAAGAUAAUGAAAUAAUCAGUGACUGAAACCAUUUUCCCAUCAUCCUUUGUUCUGAGCAUUCUCUGUUCCAUUUAAGAUAUCCGUCUUUUUCUUUUUAAAUCCAAGUCUUUCAACUUGAAAGAUUUUAUUGUGUAAAAAGUUUCACAGGUCAGUAAAUUUAGAGGAAAAUGAGUAUUUGGUCCAAAAAGGAAAAAUAAUCAAGAUUUUAGGGCUUUUAUUUUUUUUUUCUUUUGUAAUUGUGUAAAAAAUGGGAAAAAAAAACAUGAAAAGCAGAAUUUUAAUGUGAAAACAUUUUUUGCUAUAAUCAUUAGUUUUAGAGGCAUUGUUAGUUUAGCGUGUGUGCAGAGUCCAUUUCCCACAUCUUUCCUCAAGUAUCUUCUAUUUUUAUCAUGAAUUCCCUUUUAACCAACUGUAGGUUAUUUAAAAUAAAUUCCUACAACUUAACGGAAA